AUGAAGAAUCUCGCCCUCCUUUUCUCGCUGGCCGGCGGCUUAAUCCAGCCCAUUUCGGCGCUUACUCUGCACGAACGCAGUCAACCGGCGACUCUACAAUACAAUGUCCAGCGGAGACACAACGCGAUUCGAUCUUCACACAAACGAGCCACUGUUGACGUCGAUAUCGGGAAUAAUGAGGUAGACUACAUAAUCAGCCUGGAACUGGGCACCCCCGGACAAAACGUCAGCGUCAUCAUCGAUACCGGAAGUAGCGAUCUUUGGGUCAACGCGGCGGGUACUGGCUCCGACAGCUCCAACAACUCCUACGGCACUUAUGACUCCUCGGCCUCCUCGACAUACUCUCUGGUCAAUGAUGAUUUCGUGAUUCAAUACGUGGAUGGAAGCGAAGCCGCGGGCGACUAUGUGAACGAUACUGUCAAGUUAGGAAACGUCACCUUGACGAACUUCCAGUUCGGUGUCGCUACCAACAGCACCAGCAGUCAGGGAGUCCUAGGUAUCGGAUACGCCAGCGGAGAGACCUCCGCUCAAUUUGGAGGCGGAGUCUAUGCCAACCUCCCCAAAGCGCUCGCCAACCAGGGCUUCAUCAACUCCGCCGCGUACAGUCUCUGGCUCGAUGACCUGGACGCCAAAGAAGGCACCAUCCUAUUCGGAGGAGUCAACACCGCCAAGUACACCGGCAGCUUGCACACCCUGCCGAUCGAGAAAAUCAACGGCGUCUACGACACCCUGGCUGUCAGCCUCAACGGGGUGCACGUCACAGGCACCAAGAGCACCAGCGUCAACAACACCGCCUUUCCCGUGGUUGGGGUUCUGGAUAGCGGCACCUCGCUGACCUACCUCCCCUCCGCCGCCGCCCAGGAUCUGAUCAGCGCCGUGGGCGCCGAGUACGUCGCGCGGGCCGGCUACGCGAUCGUCGACUGCGACGUCGCGGACCAAGACUACGAUGUUGUCUUCGAGUUCUCGGGUUUCAACCUCUCCGUGCCGGUGGGUGAUCUGCUCCUGGAUGCGGGCUCCUACUGCGUCUUCGGCAUCGUGCCCCAGGACUCAGACUCCGACGAAGGAGAGUUCGUGCUCGGCGAUACCUUCCUGCGCAGUGCGUACGUGGUUUAUGAUUUGGAGAACAACGAAGUCGCCAUCGCGAAGACGAACACCGACCCUGGCGAUGACCACAUCCUCGAGAUCGGCACGGGUUCCUCGGCCAUUCCCAACGCGACCGGCGUCACCUCGUCCUCGGAUAGCGAUUCGAAGGAGAGUCGCGCGACAUUGCUGCGGAUCGACGUCUCUUCUCUGUGUGCGGCAUUCGUUGUCGGAGCUCUGUUGCUCGCCUCGUAGGGCUGUUCAAACUCGCCUCACACUACAACCCUCUCUCUCACGCCAGAUCAUUCGGACCAGCUCUUAUUCCGAAUGAACCUUCAGCGCUCUAGAGAAUAUCAAUCACACCAAGAGGAUGCUGAGCCCUUCUGCUUGAAAGGGCUGAAAAACCAGCUUGUGGAGACCACGCUAGCCACUAUACGAGCCAGGAACAAAAGGAAAGUUCAUGUCAAGGCCUUGCAUUUUGGUCAUAAUCCUGAGCAAGGCCCCGAAA